AGUCAUUGGAACUUUAGAAAAGAUUUCAAAAUUACGAGUAUCAGUGCAAAGGAAUUUCCCAGCGCAUUGCAAUGGAGAGAGCACCAAGAGGAGAGUCGUCCAGGUAAGGGAGGGCUGGCAAAGGAAUCGACAAAGAAAUGGAAGUAUUGCGGUCCUGGCAAGACCUUGCAUAUCUCUGAGUAUGGGCCCUUUAUAGCCAGGACUUCGCCCAAGAAACCCCUCCCGGCAUAUAAACUAAAGCGAAUAAGUCCCAUGGUGUUGGGCCUGUCCAAUCAAAGGAACUCGGAAAAUAGCAGAAAGUCCAAGACAAGUAUCAGCAGCGGACAUCCACCAGUGCAUCCGGAAAGCAUUCCCCCCAAGUCAGAUCUGGAUCUGUUCAAGGUGUAUCCGCUGGUCGAUGCGAUCUUCAGCGAUUUGGUGGACAGGCACAAGCGACUGGUCAGUGCCGGCCGCAGAUCGGAGGUGAUGAUGAACCAGCUGAGGACGCGCUACACUCAGCAGAUGCAGCGGGUUCUGCUCAACGCUGUGGGAAUGGAGGAGGUGGAGAAACCCACAUGCAGGUCGAACGUAGCCUUCGUCAUGCACAGAGAGCACUUCGAGCAGCAGGUGGAGCGGUUGGCCAGGACAGUGGUGGGACAGAAGAUACAUCGGUUCAGGGAUCUGCUGCUGGAGAAGAGGAAGUCCCAGGGCAAGGAGGAUCGCCAGAUGCUGGAGGAGUACGGGGACGAUGCGCAGCCCUCCAACGCCCUGUGGAAGCUCUUCUGCAAGGAGAUGCCCGUGGAUCAGCGAAACUAUCUAACGGCCAUCAUGGAGAGCAACUUCGCCAGUCUGUUGGAUCAACUGGAUAUGGAUGAAGACCUGGCUCGCUUCAGGACAAGCAUCUCAAACAGCUCUGUGCAGGAGGCGCUGCUUGAGCCGAAAACCCAAAUAACCCCCGAGAGCAUGGCAGCCACGCGUGCCCAAUGGGUGCAGUAUUUUGCGAAUCGCUCGCGGACGUCCUUUGAGCAGAAACUGUCCGCUCUCCACCUGCAGCGGAAGGAGGCCGUGAUUUCGCAGAAACUUCAGCUCAAGCGAAUCAGGAUGGAGAAGCGGCAGGAGCUGCUCAACCACCGACCCCUCACCGAGCUGCACACCAAUCCCCGGCUCACGCAUCGCAUGCGGCAGGUGCUCGCGGAACGGGCAGCCCAAGCUCGUCGCCAGACCUCGCAGGAAUCGGCUCCUGCUCCACCGGCGGCCAAGCAGCGAAGGCCGCAGACUGCCUCAAAACGCCUGCGCAUGGCCGACGUUGUGCUGAAGACCAUGAAAGAUCGAGACACCUGCUGCAAGUGUCGGCUAUUUCCGUCGCGCAUCAACGGCUGUUGAAAGCAGAUUAUUCGAUGAAUUAGAAUAAAGAUUGCCAUUGAUGUCCCCCCAGGGAUAGUUCACUCAAUUGAUUUAUUUUCUGUGUACAUUUCGCAAUAAAGCAAACGUAACUCAGCCCAUAA